AUGAACCAUUCGGAGGAAGAAACUCAGUCGAGGAGUCAUGCAUUAAUUGCCGUGGCUGCAGUAAUGCUGUUUGUCACAUACCUCACAGUGUCACUGAGAUUAUGGGUUCGAGGCCGAAUGAUUCAUUCACUUGGCUGGGAUGAUGCUCACAUGUGCAUCGCGCUGUGGUCGAUUAUAAACGAGGUAUUCUACGUCCUCACGCACAUCUUUAUGAAGAUAUCUCUCGCGAUCCUCUUCCUACGGCUCAUCAUCGUCAAGUGGCAACGAUAUCUCGUCUUUAUCGUCAUCGGUCUCGGCACUAUAGUCAAUAUCGUGUCCAUCUUCUUUGUCAUAUUUAUGUGUGGUAACCCACGUUCCUAUCUCGACCGAGUCGUCACGAAGAAAUGUGUCAACAGCACAGUCCAGAUUGCCAUGGCUUACGAGCAGGCUGGGGUAACACUGAUGACCGACUGGGUGUUGGCAAUCCUGCCGGUAUUCCUUCUGUGGAAUGCGAAGAUGGAUAGGAGAACCAAGGUAUCAGUUGGAUUUAUCCUCCUCCUGGGGACGACCGGUUCCGUCGCCGCUGUCGCUCGUUUCCCUUAUAUCGAAAACAUUGCCCUUGUCGACGAUUUCUUCUGGAAUGCGUCGAACCUCGCCAUCUGGUCCACCAUUGAACUCGGCACCGGCAUUACUGCUGGCUCGCUCGCAACUUUGCGGCCACUUUUCAAACGCAUUGCGUACCACGUGAAUAAAUCCACCCGAUCAGGA